CUUUAUGUAAACUUUAUCUGUCCAGCUCUCCAAGAAAUAUUGUUCCAUCUUCACGGUUCAUUUUGGACCCAAGAAAGUGGUUGUUCUGGCAGGUUACAAGACGGUCAAGCAGGCGCUGGUUAACCAGGCAGAGGACUUUGGGGACAGGGACAUCACACCUGUGUUCUAUGAUUUCAACCAAGGACAUGGGAUUCUGUUUGCCAAUGGAGACUCAUGGAAAGAGAUGAGGCGCUUUGCCCUGACAAACCUUAGAGACUUUGGGAUGGGCAAGAAAGGGAGUGAGGAGAAAAUCUUAGAGGUGUUGGAAAAACAUGAGGGUAAGGCAUUUGACACAGCACAGCCUGUGCUUUAUGCCGUCUCCAACAUAAUCUCGGCCAUUGUCUACGGCAGCAGGUUUGAAUACACUGACCCACUAUUCACAGGCAUGGUGGACAGGGUCAAUGAGAGUGUUCACCUUACAGGUUCUGCAUCAAUUCAGGUUUACAACAUGUUUCCCUGGUUGGGUCCGUGGAUAAACGACCUGACACGUCUGAAAAAGAAUAUUGCUGAUAUGAAGAUGAAGGUGACAGAGCUGGUGAGGGGCCUGAAGGAGACUCUGAACCCUCAUAUGUGUAGAGGCUUUGUGGACUCGUUCCUCGUCCCAAAGCAAACCCUGGAGGAAUCUGACAAUAUGGAUUCUUUCUACCAUGACGACAACCUGGUAUUUAAUGUUGGUAAUCUGUUUGGUGCUGGUACCGACACCACCGGGACAACCCUGCACUGGGGUCUGCUGCUAAUGGCCAAGUACCCCCAUAUACAGGAUCAGGUCCAGGAGGAGAUCAGCAGGGUUAUAGGAAGUCGUCAAACCUUGGUAGAGGACAGGAAGAACCUUCCCUACACUGAUGCAGUGAUCCAUGAGACCCAGAGACUGGCCAAUAUUGCACCCAUGUCCAUCCCUCACACCACCAGCCGAGAUGUCACCUUCCAGGGAUAUUUCAUCAAAAAGGGAUCCCAUACUUCACCCUUACUGCAGGGGACGUCUGUGAUUCCUCUACUGACGUCGGUCCUACAGGACGAUAGCGAAUGGGAGAGCCCCCACACCUUAACGCCCUCCCACUUUCUAGAUGAGCAGGGAAGAUUUGUCAAGAGGGACGCCUUCAUGGCCUUCUCUGCAGGUCGUAGGGUGUGUCUGGGGGAGGGUCUGGCCAGGAUGGAGCUCUUCCUCUUCUUCACCUCCCUCCUGCAGCACUUUCGUUUCUCUCCUCCUCCUGGAGUAACAGAGGAUGAUCUGGACCUGACACCAUCUGUAGAGUUCACCCACAAUCCUUCACCUCACCAGCUUUGUGCUGUGAGCCGGGUCUGACAUGCCGUGGUGAUUUUAACAUGAAAAUAUUGGUGGGACAAACUCAAUCAAAAAAGCUAAUAUGCAUCGAAACCACUACACAUUAAAUGCUCCAUCAUAAUAACCAAUCCCAGAAAUGAGCUUGCGUGACACACACACAAACAUUAUUAUAUUUUGUUUGAUCGGUGCGUAGGCUGAUUCCAAUAUCCUUUUAGAUUUAAUUGCACAUACUUCAUAGAGUAAAGUUAAUUUUAAUUCAAAAUGUCAUGUUCCAGCUAAGAAAAGUUUAUAAAGCUUCUGCUUGGCUUCAACCAUUGCAUUGUUUAAAGUUCCAUGGGAAAUUAAAACAGUCUAUCAGGGUAAAUCCAUUUAAAUUCCAUCACUUUUUGACAGCACCCCAUUUGAUUUGAAUGAAACCUUCCAUACAUAUACUCAUCAGCCAGUUUAUUAGGUACACCCUGUUCAUGAAAAUGGAUCGUACUUAUACAGUGAGUCACGUCAAUUGCUAUAUAAAGCUGGCAGACAGGCAUUGAGACAAUCAUUUACUGUUUGAACAUUAGAAUGGGCAAAAGGUGUGAUCUAACUGACUUAAGGUGGUAUGAUCGUCGGAGGAAGGCACGCCGGAUUCAGUAUCUCCUUUCAUGCACGACAGUGUCUAGGUUUUACAGAGAAUGGCGCGACAACAAAAAACAUCCAGUCAGCCGCAAUCCUGUGGGUGAAAACAGCUCAUUGAUGAGGGAGGUUGAAGGAGAAUGGCAAGAAUCGUGCAAGCUAACAGGCAGACAGCAAACAGAAAUAAAACAGUUGUGUGUAGAACGAUCUUGAAACGCACACCUUGUUGAUCCUUGUCACAAAUGGGCUAUUGCAGCAGACGACCACACAGGGUUCCACUCCUACCAGGUAAAAACAAGAGGAAGCUCUGCAUGGAGGAAUGGGCCAAAAUACCAGCAACAGUGUGUGAAAACCUUGUGAAGACUUACAGAAAACGUUUGACCUCUGUCAUUGCCAACAAAGUAU